AUGAACCUUCACGGACCGGGGGAAGAAAAACAACGCCUUUACAGCGGCGUGAUCCACUCGGUGCUCCUUUAUGGUGCGCCAGUGUGGUGGCGCGCCGUUGUGGAGGACAUGAGGAUCGGGUGGGCUGUUCGGAGCCUCCAGAGGAUCCGGGUGCGUUGUGCCUAUAGAACGGGCUCCUUCCACGCGACUAUGAUGAAUGCAGGGAUUAUUCCUCUCCCUCAUCUGGCAUUCCGACUGGCGGAUAUGUAUGCGGCUGUUAGAGACGCGGAGGAUCCUGUUCCCACGUAUACCAAGGCUAUAUUGGGGAAUCUUGUCAGACUAACAACGGGAGUGCAUGCGAGGGUGGCUAUUACAGAAUGGUUAUCUAAGUGGAUUGGGUUGCCGUUCUCUAAUGGAACGAGAUUUCACAUCACACAGCUGAGUACCGACUAUGACUGUUUCUUUAUGUACUUAAAUAAGAUAAGAAAGAUUCCCUCCUCACGGUGUUCUCACUGCGGAUGGAGUGUGUAUACGUCGGAGCACACCCUGAUCGACUGCCCGACGUGGACAGAUGCCAGGAAUGGGUUGAUCGAUUCGGUGGAGGGAGGGCAGCUAACCGUUUCCGUGAUAGUCAGGAUCUCCCUACCUGUCCCAGGGGGAUGGGCAGAUUUCCAGACCUUCGCAGGGCGGGUCAUACGUGCAAAGGUGAAUGUUGAGAGGCUCAAGGAACGGACGCAAGAAGAAGGAUGUAUGAGUAAGCAUGCUGGUGUGCAUGUGGACAUGAAUGCGAACUAUAGGCCGCAUAGGAGAGUAGUUCCAGUGCGGCCACUUCUGAUAAGGCUUCGAUCUGUUCAGGCUGUGACUGGUUCACGCGUCACUACCCUCUAG